CACAAUCGCUUUCAGACAAGAAUAGCUAGCCUCUUGUGAUUAGCCACGUCAUGUAAACUUUUGGAGUGGUACUUAUUGAAGGAUUACAAGGGUGUUCGAUAUUCGGGAAUACCACUUAAUUUAUAAUUUAGUUUCGUAGUUUAUGGUUCAUAUUCGGAAAUAAUUAUAUGGGAAGAUGUCAGACAUCGGGGACUGGUUCAAAAGCAUCCCCCUCAUUACCAGGGGCUGGUUUGCUGCCUCCAUUGCUGUUCCCCUUGUAGGGAAACUAGGAUUGGUUGACCCCAGGAACCUCGUACUGAGACCCGAUUUGGUGUUAAAUAGAUUUCAUCUGUGGAGGCCAGUGACAGCCACCCUGUAUUUCCCAGUGUACCCAAAUACUGGCUUUCUCUUCUUGGUCAACCUGUAUUUCCUUUACAACUACUCCUCUCGGUUAGAGACAGGAGCGUUUGAUGGGCGACCUGCAGACUACAUCUUCAUGCUCUUAUUCAACUGGAUCUGCAUUGUUAUAACCGGGAUGCUCAUGGACAUGCAGCUGCUGAUGAUCCCGUUGAUCAUGUCUGUACUGUACAUCUGGGCUCAAUUCAAUAAAGACAUGAUUGUCUCCUUCUGGUUUGGAACACGAUUCAAGGCACAUUAUCUGCCUUGGGUCAUCUUGAUCUUCAACUUCAUCAUCGGAGGCUCCUUUGUUAAUGAGCUCAUCGGGAACCUGGUGGGACACCUCUACUUCUUUCUCAUGUUCAAAUAUCCCAUGGACCUUGGAGGACGCUCCUUCCUGUCUACGCCAGAGUUCUUGUAUCGGCUCCUCCCUACCAGGAGAGGAGGUGUGUCAGGCUUUGGAGUCCCUCCCACGAGAAGACCAGCAGCACAGGAACAGGCACAAGCAGGAGGCGGCGGCCGUCACAACUGGGGCCAAGGCUUCCGCUUGGGGGAUUAAAGAAUCAGAGAAGAGAAGCUCCUCUUCUCGCCUCCUUUCAGUGUGCUCGGGUUAAAAUACUUGCGUCUUCAUUUUCUCUGUUUGAAACUCUGAAUUAUUCCUCCUUUAAUUUAAAUGUCCACCGAUUGAAGAAUUUUAGGCAGCCUGUAUUUUAACUCCAAAACACAGCAGGACUCUAUUUGGUUUCUACCAUUUAUGUCACGAAACGCAGAGAAGGAAAAUCAUAUUUGAUUUUUAAUGUGAUUACUACUGCUCAACUCCCCUUUUCAUACUGUCCUUGGUUUACUUGCUGCAAUUCCACCCUUUGCCGCCACUGUCAGGAAGAAAUGCUCGCCCCCCUCUCAAAUGCCGUCUGAGAGGACGUUGUCAUUGUCAACAUGCUGGGAGUGUGCCAUAGGUCAUUUUUGUUUUUGUAAAUAUAACAAUUGAAAAUAUAAACCAGUCUGAGUGUUUUUUCCUAACUAAAAAAUAUCUAAAAUGAUCGAUUGUUUGUAGUCUUUUAGUCAGCAGUUUGACCCUUAAAAUGAAGACAUUGGCAUAUUCCCUUCAUUCCACAAUUAACACAAAACCCACCGCAUACAUUAUAUUGUCCUGUUGCUUGUGUAAUGUGUCAUAAUUUAUUUUAAUCAAAUACAAAUUUCUUCUCCAGUAAGCGAGACAUUUGAACCAUCCCCUCAGGUUUUGACGACUGAACAUGAAGACCGGCUUUGUGUAUUUAUUGAGUUAGAGCAGAGUUAAAGUAGAAAAUGAAAAUGCAGGCAAUAUUUCUUAGAAGCCAACUAAAAUACGCUCAAAGGCAGUCGCUUGAACAGGAGACUAAAGCAGUAGCAACACGUCUUCAUCCUGCGUUUUUAGAUGACCGUACUGAAAGUAACAGUUGAAUGUCAAACAGUGCUUGCACAAAUAACGCAACUGCAAAAAACACAACCUCCCUUUAAAUCUUGAGUACAAGUAAAAAUGAAACAAACGCAUGUUUACCAUAGGUUUGACUUUCCAAAUGUAUCCACAGCUGUUUGAGCUUGUUUGAACAGCCUGUACAAAAAUAUCUCAAAUCACUGUCUUUGAGAGAGAGAGUAAAAGAAGAAAAAAAGGAAAGCAGAGAGCGAACGAGACAUGUUCACAAUUCACAGCUGGGCAAAAUUCACACUCAAAAGAGUUUCAGUCAAGAAUUUCCACCACCUUGCAACGCGUUUGUUUUUUGACAGAAGUUAACCAUCAUCAUCAUCAUCAGUUGGUGGGAAGCUGAAAAGGCAGCAUGGUGCGAUCAGACAGACUGUUUUUAAACAUUAGUAGAACAGAAAGAACAACAUUCUGCACCGUUAUUGCCUCAGGUACUGAUGCAGGAGCACACUAGCUGAUUGAAAAAGAUACAAGUUAGUGCAUUCUAUCAUUCAUUAGGCCUAAGACAGUUUAUCUUCAACUGCCCCAUGUGAAGCCAGGCUCACACUGCCACAAUCGAUUCUCACUUUCCUUCUAGGACUUUCUGUGAGACUCCUUUUAUAUGGGUCCAAAGGGGGCAGCGCUGCUAGAGGUACAGUUUCCUGGAACGCCUAAGCAGGAGAGAUGAGGCGGCCAAAGCACAAGAAAGUCUUACAAUAGUGCAAGUGCCAUCAAAUAUUACUCAUACUGAGCAGUAAGCAGUUAACAGUUUCCCCCCCAAAAUAGGAUUGAUUUUCAGCAAAUAAGCAGCUAUUUUACACUUUGAUCGUAAAACAACACAAACAUUCUAAAUAUUGAGCAGGUCAGUCUUAAAAAACAAAACAAAAAAACAUGCCCUUCUGGUAAAUCUGUACAAACCUUCUUAGCAAUACAGAAAAAUAUUUACAAGGAUAAUUCUUCAAAAAAACGGUGGUUGUGAGAACAAUACAUCAUCGAGUCCAGCUUUGGCACGCCUCUAAAAGUGAGUAUCUGCACCACACGUCAUGGACAGGUGAGAAGAGGUCCACAGUGGUUUGUGUCCACAACACCGACACGGAGUUACAUCACUGCUUCCACUUUUGGCAUCUUGUCUCUUACAUGACGUUCGUUCUGUGAGUCAUGUAUUGAUUCACUUCAUCUGGAACAGAAAGGGAAACCAACAGGAAGUGACGUCACACACACACACCUAGAAGCCGAGCGGUUAUAAAGACUGUGGAUUUUGUUCACUUGUGAUUGACUUCAACCUCUAGUCUCAUGAUGUGCUGACUGUCAAUGGAAGAGCAGCAGUCCACCAGAAAAAAUAGCUGCAUCACUUCCGAACGUCCUAUUACUGUGUGAGUCACAGCUAUUGUUAAUUCUAUUUAACGCCUACAUGGUCGGCAACAACAAAAAAAAGGUUUAUUAUUCACGGUAAGGUUAAAUAAAUCCCAAUGGUUAUUUAAAUACAGUUUAGUGCAACACAUCAGCAAAAUGACCAGAAGAACACUCAUUGUGUUCUUUGUCACGAGCCUACACUAAAUAUCAAAUGUCCUCUUGAACAGUGAAUGUCAGUGGAAGACUUUGAUAUCAUUUAACACUACAGGCAACAUCAUCAUUAACUCAACUGGCAGUUCUGCCUGCCUCCAAUAAUAGCAGGGUGUGUGUGUGUGUGUGAGAGACAGCGCUAAUGAUGGCGUAGUGCAACUGUCAUCCCUGCCAUGCCAUCAAGCUGUCCUUUGGAGGGACCAAUCAGAGUUAAUUAGACACAAAUAACUUCCUGGGUGAAUGAGACUGCAGCUGUGGUAUCUUAAAGGGGUAGUUCACCAUUCAUGGCCACAGCCAAUCGCAGACAGUUAUUCCUGUUUUGGGUCACACAGGGACAAGCUGCUCUCUGCAUGAAAUCGAGUGAAAAGUAAGAAUAAGCUGUGGCCAAGAUGGCAGCAGUCAUGUCUCGUUUGUCUGCCUUGUUUUUGCCAAAAUUAAACCUUUAAAGUUGCACCACAUGGUGCAUUUGGCCCACAAAGACUCUGCACUUCUCUUUUAGUCCCUAAUAGAUGAGGGACUCCAAAUUUUAGUAUUAAAAAAAGUGUUCUAAAUGUCCCAAACCUAAUUGCCUGGAAAUUGAAAAAUACCUAUAUAUAAUACACAUAAAAAUACUACUAAGUGUGUAAAAAGUACAUUACAUGAUGUACCAUACAUACUGUACUACUGCCAUGUUAUAUUUAUUUCAGCCCACAUAUACAUCAUUCUUCAAUACUGACUUGCAACAACACAUACAGUAAUUACACUUUUUACUAAUGUACCUUUAUUGCAGUAUAUGUUAUCAAAUUUAAUGAUGUAUUAUUUGUGUGCACCGGAGAUGUUGCUUAUUGUUUGUAAUGUACCAGUUAAUAGUUUUAAAGUUAGCUAAUUAGUUUUAAAUCGGUGAAAUCUUGCGAGUAUAUCAUGUUCAUGGCUGCUUUGUUUAUGCUUAACAGAGAACACGGCCCAUAAGGAAUACAUGUGGUCCUUUUUGCUGCAUUUCACUCUUACUUUACUUAUAUGACCUACCAUCAACCAGUGACCCUCCCAGGUUGCUCCAAGGUCAAAACAUCAGCAUCUGUCACCAGCCUCUGUCUUUGUAAUCCUCCCUCGUUCUCCUCCCCCACAGCCACAGUCACUUGUACCCACCUAGGAAAGACAGAAUUAUGUUUUACAGGUUCUGAGAUACUAAACAAACAAACUGAGCUGAGCAUUUACCGUACAUAUUCUAUUACUCAACUGCUUCAGGUGCAGAGUGAAAUAAAUGAGAUCAAAACAUUACACAAAAAUAUACAUUUUUUUUAAAAUUUAACAUUAUUCUUGAUGCACCCAGUCAGAUAUUUAUUGAACAAUAUUGGAAUAUUGUGGUUGGGGUUUUCAUUGGUGGUGGUGUAAUAUUGCCCCUCAUGUAAAGUGAGGAAACACAAAUAUUAGGAAACAGUGCUCAGUAUGAUGUAGUACAGUUCUACUAUACUAAAGGCUACAACCACAAUCACAAACAUAUUGUUAAUGAAUAUCUUUCUGACAGUAUCAAUCAAUUCAACUCUACAUUACUAUCUCCAUAAAGCCUGAAUUUCUGAUACAGCUUGUG